CUCUAGAACCCUAGCGCCCCGCCCGUCCUGCCGCCGCCGCAGCCGCCAUCGCACGGCCAUGGGUAUCGAUCUCGUAGCCGGCGGCCGCAACAAGAAGACCAAGCGCACGGCGCCCAAGUCCGACGAUGUCUACCUCAAGCUCCUCGUCAAGCUCUACCGCUUCCUUGUGCGCAGGACAAAGAGCAACUUCAACGCCGUGAUCCUCAAGCGCCUCUUCAUGAGCAAGACCAACCGCCCGCCGCUCUCGAUGCGCCGCCUCGUCAGGUUCAUGGAGGGGAAGGGUGAUCAGAUCGCCGUGAUUGUGGGCACCGUGACCGACGACAAGAGGAUCAGCGAGGUGCCGGCGAUGAAGGUCUGCGCGCUCAGGUUCACUGAGACAGCGAGGGCCAGGAUCAUCAAUGCUGGCGGAGAGUGCCUCACCUUCGACCAGCUCGCGCUCCGUGCCCCACUUGGGCAAAACACGGUUCUGCUGAGGGGUCCUAAGAACGCUAGGGAAGCUGUCAGGCACUUCGGGCCUGCACCAGGAGUGCCUCACAGCCACACCAAGCCUUAUGUUCGCUCGAAGGGUAGGAAGUUUGAGAAGGCGAGAGGAAGGAGGAACAGCAGGGGCUUCAAGGUCUAAGUGGCCACUGCCUUGCCAAUCUAGUGCCGUUUUGCUCGUGUCAGCUCAAUAUUACCGUUUUGGUGUCAUAGUUGUAAUGUUUUAGUUGUCGGAAUCUCGUGUCAUUAUCGGAUAUCGAACCAAUCAAAUUUCGCUCCUUUUUUGUUUUUGCCAUGAGACUUGCCCGUCACGAAGAUGCUCACAUAUCAUUGUGGGCCGUAACUAUGUGAAAGUCUAGCUGCCCUUUUGCUUUGCUCGUCUAUCUUCACUUGUCAGCUGUUCAUUUUAAUCCAGCGCCUUCACAAUUUUUUAAC